GUGAGAUCGAACGCUCUUUAAGAUUUACGUUCCACUUAAGAGUUCAUAACGUCGGCGAAUUGUGUUUACCGGGAGUUCGCAUCUUCUUUUCGCAGUCGAAGGAUGCUGUCUGGAGAAUGUUUGCAUCGGCUGAGAGAUGCUAGUUUACGGAGGGUCGUUGAGACUAGCUUUCUAUAGACAGCUUCUUACGCAGCGGCUGGAACCGUCGUCAUGACAACGACGCAGGCGCUGGCCAUCCGUGACGUCAUCAGUGACGUCACCACCGAGGGGAGAUCAAAAAGACGAGUGCCUGGCCGUGCGGCCCUCAGAGUGACACUCGGCGUCGGCCAGGACAGGCAUCAAAACCACCUUGUAUAUACACCUCGGGGUUCCCUCCUUCCUUCCCUCCCCUCCCACGACAGCCCUGGAUUAUUACUUCGACAACACGGAUUCUCCCACGCCAUCUUCUUCAGAGAUGAGUGGAGGCAGUAAAGGGGCCAGCUUCCACCGGGUCAAAACUUUCGAACUGCCGCGGCUGGAGCUGGACCGGCAGUUCUCCGACGUGCGACUGCUGGCUGAAGGCUGGUACGCCAAGGUGUACUCUGCCAAACACCUCGAGACUGACAACAACGUCGUCCUCAAGUGUGUGCAGAAAGAGACGACGAAGAAGAAGGAUUUCUUUCGCGAGUUCCAUUACAAUUAUUACCUCAGCCCGCACCCCAACGUUGUCAAUAGCUUUGAUGUGGCCUUUGAGACAAACAGCUCGUUUGUGUUCGCCCAAGAGCUAGCGCCCAACGGAGAUUUGGCUCAGUUUGUGAGGAAAGGCGGUCUAGGGGAAAUUCGAGCCAAGCGCGUGGCUGAACAAAUUGCCUUCGCUCUGGAGUUCGUACACAGCAAAGACUUGGUUCACCGAGACGUUCGUCUGGAAAAUAUCUUCGUCUUCGACCGGGAACUCUCGCGUGUGAAGCUGGGAGACUUCGGCAACACUCAACGUGCAGGAGCCUUGGUGAAGAAAGUCAACGUACGGGUGCCCUGGGCCCCACCAGAGGUGUGCCAGGCGGUGUACAACGAGGGAUACCACGUGGAGACCUGCCUAGAUGCAUGGCAGCUCGGUAUCCUAAUCUUCGCGUGCCUGACGGGGUCGUAUCCCUGGUACUCGGCAGAUAUCACGGACCGUCACUACAACUCCUGGGUGGCCUGGCUCAAACGCAAGACUACAAAAAUUCCUCGUCGAUUCAAGUGCUUCACUCCGCGGCUUCUUCGCCUUCUGCGACGCCUGCUGGAGCCUAAAUCUGAGAAGCGUGCUGGCGUGAGGGAGGUUUACAAAUACCUCUCUGAUUCCUGGCUAGUUAAAGGAAUGGAUCCUCUCGACAUCGCCUUCGACGAGAGUUCUUCAGAAAUCUUCGUCACCAGCACCAAGCCAUUGUACGAGUGCGCGGAGAAGAAGAAGCUUGUCGAGCUCUUGAGAUCUUAUGGUAUACAGACCACAGUCGACAAGAAGGAAACAACAAAACGUAUCUGCGAAUGGCUUCUGACCUCAGCGUCACCCAUACAGCGAGGGAUGUAACCCAGAGUGGGAGUGUUCCUCCUCCCUCUAUUCAACAUGAUACACAGCUGCUGUGACCUGGGCUGGGUACCCAGGGACCAUAUGACCUCGUCUGGUGAUAAAAAGGCUACGUGACCUGUGCUGGUGACCUAGGGAGCUAUGCAAUCAGUAAUGGUGAUCCCAAAACCUUUUGAAAUGGGUUGAGCCAGGGACCGUGAUACCUGAGCUGGUGAUCCAGAUUGCAGACUUAUACCUGUACAGCAUGGAGUAGUAGCCUGCAUCUGUGUGAAACAGACUACAUAAAACAACAUGAUAAGAUCAAUAUUCGUGGGAUCAAUGAUACUGACUUUCAACCUGAAAGCCUGUAGCCAAACAGUUAUAUGAUAUAGGGUCUGGUUUACAUUCUUGUGGCCCUGUUUAGUGUGUGGCUCUGUUUGGUGUGUAGCCCUGUUUGAUGUGUGACCCUGCUUGAUGUGUGGCCCUACUUGGUGUGCGGCCCUGCUUGAUGUGUGGCCCAAAAGUUAUGAAGGGUUCCUGUAGAUAACUUUGUGGCCCUGCUUGAUGUGUGGCCAAGAGGUCACAAGAGGUCACUAUGAAUAACGUUAUGGCCCUGUUUGACGUAUGGCCCAUUGGUCAUAAUGGGUGCCUGUGAUUAACAUUGUGGCCCUGUUUGGUGCCUGUACGUGACGUUACCGUGCCAAAGACUGCGUGUGCUGUGGCAGGAGCCCAGCACUACGUUACUUGGACUGUGAUAGUAAACUUACCUGGGAACGACUCAGUGGAACGCGAACCUUGUGUGUGACACAGCGUCCUGACCAACAUAUACUAAAUCCUGGCUCAAAAGAACGACCCCAGGGACGCAAUGAAGUACAAGAAAAGUGUUCAGUAUUUCGGCCUCACUGUGAGGCCUUCUUCAGCAAGCUUUCUGCCGAAAUGCAAAUCACUUCUCUUCUAUUUUAUUGUCUCCGUGUGGAUUUCGUUAUACCAAUGACCAGUGUCUAUUACACAUGUCAACAGCUCAUGUCAAACUUCCACAUAUCAAACACGUUGUUAAUUUUGAUAUGACAUAGCCCUAAAUCAAUCCAUAUUCUCCAGGUAAUGCAUGUGUCCUUUGUAUCAAAGGAAUUAGAACAAAAUAAAUACAUGUAUUUUAAUAGGAAUUUAAGUAUUGUGGAUGUACUUUGAGUACAUUAUUUUUGAAGCUUGUUACGACUGCUAGACUAGUCUUCCAGGAUAGAGUAAGCUUCGCUAGUGACCCGCACUGAGACCUCAGAGAUAGUCCCUGAUCCCAAAGCUGAGGACACCACAUUGAAGCCCCACGCCCACACUCACGCCAGUAUUCAGAUCCAUGCUUUUAUCUCUCCUCCACGGAUACUUGAGUACCCCCCCCCCACACACACACACAAACCUCUGUUUUAAUACACUUUUGCUUGCGAGGAAAACGCACUUUAAAGGCAUGUGCCGAAACGCUUGCAUCUACAUUCACGCCGUAUGUAAUCACGUCAACCACCCUCGCUCCUUAUAUCUACAACUACGCACACUUUCUGGCACCUACACAUUUACGUUCCUUCCUACGCCCACACACACACACACACACACACACACACACACACACAUACACACACACACACACACACACGUUCCUUUUUCCACAACCCAGACAUAAAUACCAGACUUCCUUUCCUCCUCCCUUGACAUAUCUUCGUGGUGUUCUCCUGCAAGUGGUGGUAUUAACCCACCUACCAUCCCCUGAGCAAGGCUUGAACUCUGCACCUACACCUGAUCGCCACCUAGCAUAUCACCCACACCCAAUACUCAGCCAUCAGGUGAAGCUUCAGAAUUCCAUGUUUUGGCGAUUGUGUUCGUACAAGUAUAGAGAGAGUGAGCGAAGUGACCUUGCUUUUAUUUAGUAUGUCAGGUCAUUCUGUUUAAAUGGGGGAUUGUUUUGUCCCCAGAUAUUUUGUAUAUUCUUAUUUAUUGACGAAGAAAUAU